AUGAUAAAAAAACGUUCUUCUUCGCAGUUAAAAUCAAACAGCCACCAUCCUGCCUUUAUGGUUUCUUCAUCCUUGUCUCACCAAAAAAAUGCUCUCUCUGGAAUUGAACCUCCCAUCAAGAGGAGAAAAGUAGAACAAUCUUCCAGAAUCUUUGAUGUGUUCAUCAACCACAGAGGCCCCGAUACAAAACAAACUCCAGGUACUCAGCUUUACAACUCUCUUAAGGAGAUACAUAUAAAGGCAUUUCUUGAUUCGGAAGAGAAGGAGCUUGGAGACUCAUUUCCUUCAACCAUCGAGACUGCAAUUGCAUCUGCUUCAGUGCAUAUUGCAAUUUUCUCAAAAAGAUAUGCAGAGUCAGCUUGGUGUCCGUCUGAGCUGGUUCUUAUGUUACAGAGUAAGGCUAGGAUUAUUCCCCUGUUUUUCCAAGUGGAGCCAUGGGAACUCCGCUACAUCGAUAAUGGAGUAUAUGCUGAAACAUUCGCUAAAUAUGAAAAGGAGAAGAGGUAUCUGGACAAGAUUGAGGAGUGGAAGGAAGCCCUUCAAUCGGUUUCGUUUACCACAGGCUACAAGUUCAACAAUUCAGAAAGUAGAAAUGCCAAAUAUCCAGUCGGACUUCAUAAGAUCGUAAAAGAUUUUGAAAGGCGUUGCCUUAAUGAGCUUGUUCAAGAUUUUGAAAGCUACUGUGGAAUGAAGAGAGCAGCAAAAGAGAAAGCUAAUGUUGUCGGCAUUUUUGGUAUGGGUGGGGUUGGGAAGACAACUCUCGCCAAAGAGUUGUUCAACCAGAAUAGAUCAAAAUACAGAAGGGCAAGUUUUCUGUUUGACGUGCGGGAAGCCUAUGCCAACGAUGACAUUGAUCAUGUGGAACAGUUAGAUGCUCUAUUGGUCAUGGAUAUAUUGAAUAAGCCUGGUAAUAAUCUUGUGAUUAUUACAACGAGAGAUGUAGGGGUUCUUGUAAGUGCAGGAAUUGAUAUUGGUUAUCAUUUGAAAGGAUUGGAUAGAGAAGAUGGGAGAGACCUGUUUUGUUGGCAUGCUUUCAACCAACCCCUUCCUGUUAGUGGACACGAGGAUCUAGUUAAGGACUUUGUGAACAUGUGUGGAGGCUUACCUCUGUCUCUUCAAGUUCUGAGCCGACAUGUUUCUGGUAGAGAUCAGUAUUAUUGGCAAGAAGUAUUGAAGAAAGUCUGUAAGACUCUGCACACAGUGCACAGAGAUAUAAACCAGAGACUCAAGAUAAGCUUUGAUACAUUAGAUGAUGUAGAAAAACAGAUUUUCAUGGAUAUAGCAUGCUUUUUCAUUGACAAAUCUGUUACCAAGGCUAUGAUCAUAUGGAAGGGAUCUGGAUGGAAUGCUCACUAUGCUUUGGAAACACUAAAAGAGAAAUGUCUCGUUGAGGAAGUUGAGAUAAGGUAUCUGAAUAGGCUAGAAUGGAAAUGGGAAUAUAGCUCAGAUGGAUCCAUUUUGAGAAUGCAUGACCACCUGCGAGACUUGGGAAGAGAAAUGGCACUUGAGCUUGGCUCUCCUCAUCGCCUGUGGCGUCCUCAAGAUCUUAAGUCUUUUGUAAGCUUGCUAUUCCACCAUAUUAUCAUUUGUAAUUGA